CCAUUGUUAGUUUGAGUCAUGCGCAGAAGCUAUCACACGUUUUCGUGACAUUUGUAAAUAUCGAAAUUCCAUCCAAGAAAAGGCUAUGACAAUGUUUAGAACGUUUACAUGCACUAUUGUUUACUUGAUCUCCUGAUAAACACAAACAAGAAGAAUUUUGUAUAAGAUGGCACACUCAAAUCGACAAAAAAGUCCAACUAAAGUGCAUAAAUUUGGAAGCAACUCUAUCCUUGAUCAUUCUGAAAAUGACAAAAUUUUUCAAGUGCUCCAGGAAAUGUUUCAUGGGAAAGUUGAACCAGAGGUCGUGCACAUGAUUUUAACAGAAAUGGAUUGGAAAGUGGAUAAAGCUAUAGAUACUUUACUGACAUUUUGUGGAGAAGGUGGCAACAUUGACAGAAAAAAGAGCAGACUUCACAAAAUGGCUCAAGAAAUACUGUGUAAAAACAAUGACGAAUCUACAGAUGUCAGAUCUGCUUUACAACAAUGUGAAGCAAGGCAUGAGUUAGCAAGUCCAAAAAGUCAUGUGACUUUACCUCCUAAGUCACAUGAUGAAGACAUGCCACCCUUAAGUAAAUCAACAGUCUUAAGUGACCAUGCUAUAGCAUCUAACAGUGCUUCAUCAACAGUUGGCCUAGAACGUCGCAGAGUUCCUCAGGCAUCUUCUAGUCCACUUCAACAAAUCCGAAGUGUAAUGGCUUCAACAUAUGGAAGAACACAAGAGGUGAAGGACAAAGGACAUACUGAAGAACCACCAACUAUUAAUCCUUUAUCUGUAGAUGAUGAUAUCCACACAGAUAGUAAUCUCAUAUCUCAGUCUAUUUUGUCAGGAGCAUUACAUUUGUCUGGUACUGAAGGUUUGUCAGAACUGUAUAAUCCAUUCUCAGAUGCUACAGUAAAGGAAUCAGACUUAUAUCAGGAUAGCUACCAAGCUUACAUGGACAAUUACUGGCCAGAUAUCACAGCUAAAUUUGGAAUCAAACCAACUAAAGACAUGGCUCAAAAUAAAGAAAUGAAUCAUCAGUCUCAGAGGGAUGCAACAAAUAUAUUCCCUGGAAUGUACACAGAAAGUGAUGACAAGAAGAAAAGCGUCGUUUCUCAAUCUAAUGGGGUCCAAAGUAGUUCUGAUGAAAAAGAGUCAGAUAAGAUAUUAAAGGAGAAGGUCAAAGGUGAAGCAAACUUCCCCAGGACUGGAAUAGGUAGUAACAACAUAUCUAUGUUGGUUAGAUUAGGUUUAGCAGAGAAAAAUGAAAGAGGACAGUUAAAAAAUCUUCAAAAAGACCCAGAAGAGGACUUAGAUUUGAAUUUUAAUAUGGAGACUUUUGACUUGGAAAAUGAUGACAGCUCCAGUGAUGGAUCUAUUCUAUCACAGAGUGGUUCUGCAGAAACUAUAGCAGCUGAACUGAAGAAUAUGCUGGGAAUAUCUAAAGAGGAAAAGAAAGAGCCUUCAAUGUUAGAAUCAGCUGCCAGAGAGUUAGAGAGAUUGAAUGCUUUAUCUCCUAAUGCUAAAGAAUUUAUUCCUAGAUCUACAAAUGUACAAAGUAAUACCAUAGAUUCAAAGCCAUUUGAUGCUUUUCCUAAAUUUCUAACUCCUAAGGCAGCUUUACCUACUCAGCAGAGAACUCUUCCUCCUUACGCAAUGUUCCCACCCCAGCAGCAAGGGCAACACCCACAGAUAAGGCCUGUUCCCAUGUUCCCUGUACCACGACACAUUCCCUUUAAUCCACAAAUACCCAUUGUACCAGUGACUUUAGUUGGUGUUCGUAAUAUGCCACCACAACCACCGCCACCAAUGAACAUUAUGCCACAGACAAGCCAAGUUGGACCGAUAAUACAAACAACAAACAUGAUGCACCGACCAUCAACUCUAAUGCCUCCUCCUGGCCUGGUACCAAUAUCUUCACCUACACGGAACAUGUUACACCAUCCAAUGUCAUCCCCAUCACCACCUAUUUUACCGUAUGCCUCUGCUUUCCCUUCACCUACUGCUCAACAACUCGCUAAUGAAGCACAACAGUAUGCUACAAUAGCUGCUCAGCAGAUGACCAAGAAGGUUCAGGCUCAAAGUAAGGAAUCCUCUCCGUCUCCACCAGAGAGGUCACUAGAUCUCGGGUCACAGAAGGUCAAGGACAAGAUCAUAAGUGGUGUUAGAGUUUUCAUUAUCUUGAGAGGUUUACCUGGCAGUGGGAAGUCAACACUGGCAAGGGAGCUGAAAGAAAAUGGAGAAAUAUUUUCUGCAGAUGAUUAUUUUAUGAAUAGAGAUGUGUAUUGUUAUGAUCAGAGGAAAUUAACAGAUGCUCAUGAUCACUGUAGGAGAAGAGCACUUGAAGCUGUAAGGAAGAAUGUAUCACCUGUCAUUAUAGACAAUACCAAUACACAAGUCUGGGAAAUGUGUCCAUAUGUUGAUAUUGCCAAGUCUGUGACUCCUGAAUAUGAGAUAGACAUCCUGGAACCAUCAACACCCUGGAGAUUCAAAGCAAGACAAUGUGCAGAGAAAUCUGAUCAUGCUGUGCCGUAUGAGAGCAUCAAGAGAAUGUUAGAUAGAUACCAAAGAAAUGUUACCGUAGAUAUGCUAAUUAAUACUAAAAGUAGGUCUAGACCAGUGACCAUAUUACCACAAAACAAUAUUCAGGAAACAGAAACAAAAAAGGUCAAGAACUCAUCAGCUGAAACAAAAAAUAAUUCUGCAUCAUAUAAUGUGGAUGAUAAUGAAGAUAUAUGGCAGGAUGUUGGGUCAUUUAAAUGGAAGAACUAUUAUCAGCCUUUGAUGAAUGAACAGGAAGAGGAAAAAGAAGAAAAUGAAGAUUUGAAAGAUGAAGAAUUUCCAGCUUUGAAAAGUAAUGACAAAAGGAAGACACAAGUGGAGAACAAAUCAUCUAAACAUACUGAACGGAAAGAUAAAAAAAGGCUAGAAACCAAAGAGAAUAUGUCACAAGAAGAUGAAGCAGGAAGUAAAAAUGGAAAUGCAGUUAUGGUAGACAACUCCAAUGUUACUGAUAAGAUUGAUGAGCAUGCUGUUGCUUCAACAGUAUCAAUGUCCAGUGAAAAACUGGUAAAGAACAAUAUGCUUCCUUUCUCUACUGGUCUAGGGUUUCAGAUGAAGAAACACAAAGGGUUAUCAACAGCGAGCUUACAGAAACAGAUAGAACUCAUUUCUCAGCAAAAACUUCUGGUAUCAGAAAAAACAUGUGCUUCACCUGUCACAGUACAACCAGAACAAAGUGAAAAUACACUAAUUGAAAACAGAAGCUCAAGAACCCCAAGUUUUGAAAAAGGCAGAUCAGAGGACAAAGAAUUCAGUGAUGAAAUCCAUGAACUUGUUGAUAGUUUGAUGUCAGAGCAUGUAGAGGAUAAAACAAUUAGUGAUCUCAGUAAAGUACAGGAUGAGUUGAAGGCUUAUCUACAUAUAAUGCCUAUUGAUGAACAACAAAGACAAGAUGCUGAAUGUCUUAUAGACCAGAAACUUAGUAUGUUUCUACACCAUGAUAAAACACCAGACUCAGACAUACAACAUGUGCAGGAACCUAUUAAUUUGGUCCAAACAAUUGACGAUGAAAAAGUACCUCAGGAUACCAACCUUCCAAAUAUGUCCUCAGCAACUGACAUUGUUGAUGGAAGGUUUAACAUUGAGUCUAAUUUUCCCUUAGAAUUAAAUAAUGUUGAAGAUAAUCAAAAUAGAACAAUUUCUGUCACUGAUGAAGACCAAACUAUUGGCAGUAUAGAAUUGAGUUUAGAGAAAGUUUUUGAUGUGAUUGAUGAAAAACCUGAGAGAAAGAGUGAAAAUUUAAAUGAAUCUGAAGGAGUUGAUUUAAAUGUCAACAAAAGUGGAACAGUUGUAGAAAAGGAUAUCUGGUCAACUGAUCAGCUUAAAGGUCUAGGUCAUGAUAAAAAUUUGGACAACAAAGGGAAAACAGAGCAGUCAGAUGAGGCUCAGGGAAGUUGUAAUCAAAAAGAGUUGGAAAUGAAAAAUAUUGAGAAAGAAUAUUGUGAUAGUAAGGGCAGUGUGAAUAGCCCCAAUAGUAGUUUACAAUAUGGUCUCAAUUCUAAAAACAAUCCAGUCAAAUUAGAAGAAAAAUGUGAAAAUCAAAAUGAUGCUGUAACUGAACAAUUAAAUGAUUUAUCUGAUGAUCGUUUGGGUGAAAAAUUUUGGGAUGUAGACAGUGAUGGAGAAAAAGAUACAGAAAAAAAAUAUUGGAAGAAUGAGAAACCAUCUGAAGAGCAAGAUCAACAUGAUCAACAAGUAAAGAGUUCUAAUAAUUCUGAUUCACAAGUUAAGAGUUCUAAUGAGUCAGACACACAACUAAAGAGUUUAGAUAAAUCAGAUUCACUAUUAAAGAGUUCCGAAAACAAAAGUAAAGAGAGUAAAUUUGAAAAAGAGGGUAGUCCAAGUGUAUGGGAAGAACCAAAGUCUAAACGUCAGAGGAAGAGAAACAACAGAGAUAGAAAUAAGCAAAAAGAUAACGUUAAUAGUAAUGAAAAUGAAGUAUUAAAUGAAGCAAUACAAAGCAAACUGAAUAAAGAACCUGAAUCUGAAAUAUCAUCUAAAGCAAGUGUGAAAAAUAAUGCAGAUCAACAAACAGAACUUUCCUCCAAAGAGACAGUAAAAUCAAGUGAAAAUCAGCAAAAAUCUAAAACUCGCAAAAACAAAUUGUCUAAAACAUCUGGCCAGAUAAAAGAAGCAGUGUUAUUAAAGAAAUCUUCACAGUUGAAACUAGUGCCUUCAACAAAAAUCUGUGAUGAACAUACUAAUUCCCCAGACCAAUCAGAUUCUUCCUCAGCUAAUCAAAAUUCAUCCUCCAAGUCAAACUCAUCUAAAACCCAUGACAAUCAUCAUUCUACUAAUUCUCCAGAAAAAAUUAAACAUAAGGCAGCUAUUGAUCUCAAAGAUACUGAUUCAAAGUCAGUAGGUAGAAAACAGAAAAAAAAUCAGAAACGAAAUCAGUCGGCUGAUACAGUUGAAAAUGAGAAGUCGGAUGAAAAAGCUAAUCUAAAACCAUCUUUAUGUUUGUCUGAUGCUUUAAGUGUUGACAAGCCUUCAUUUCUAGUCCAGCAUUUUAAUGAUAGAUUGGAUGGUGAAUGUUUAGUAUUAAAUACUACAUCAUUAUUAUCCUUAAAGAAGGGAAAAGUAGAGCUUACAAUUGAUAGUCAUAUGGUACAGAGUAGAUUAGAGGAUGACAACUUUAAACAAAAACUGCAAAGUCGGGAAAAUAAGAUGGAUUUAUCAAUGACUGUAGACAAACUAAAAGAUAAUAAUUCUGAUGUUAAUAAUACGGCCAAGCACAAGUUUAUUAUUAAAGAAAAUUUAAACCCCGAAUUAUCAAAUGCUCAACCAGAUAUUGUUAAGAUAGAUAGUAAAAACAAACUUGAGAAAAAUCCAAGCACUGAUGUAUGUAGAAACAAUGUUGAAAAACCUGGUAAGAAGGAUAGUCAGCCAACUGUAUCGUUAGCUGAUCACAAUGAGGGCAAUGAUGAGUGUAGCAGGAAUGUUGUAGAGAAAGUCCACAAUAAUGAUUUACAUAAAAAAGAUAAAAAUGCUGAAUUAGUUGCUUCAACAGAUACUGAAGUUAUUGUCAUGGAAGUAAAUCAACAAAUAAAAAGUAGAGAAGGAAAUGAUAAUUCACUGAGGCAUGAUAUAGCAAAGGUAAAUACUGAAGAAUUGGAUAAACAACAAGACGUUGGUGAACUGUAUUCUGGGAAACCAGAAGAAACUGCAAUUACACAAACUCCCGUGUCUCAGGAUACAGGUGAAAGUGAUGAAAAAUCUGGGGCCAAAAAGAAAAAGAAAACAAGCAACAAGAGAAAAAUGGCAGCUAAAUUUCCUGAUAAAUUUCUUGAUGAUUCCGUCAAAGAAGCAUUUCUUAAGAAUGAUUGGGCUACGCAAAUGCCGAAACUUGAAGGAUCGGCACCUAUUAGUACUUUUGAUCCAGAAACAAAACCUUGUAUACGCAAAAUGGAUGCAUCAACAUCAAUUACAUCUGUUGACACUAAAGUUCUUAAUUUGAUAAACACUGGUAAUAUGCACAUUUUACAGAAAAUUGAUUAUCCUUAUCAAAUCUGUAUUGGGCGGGAAUUAUCCAUCAUGAAAGGCACUACUGACGCAGAUGGCUCUAUAGAAAGAGGUAUCCCUGAAAUUUUACACCAGGAAAAAAGUACAAUGACAGACAGUAUGUGUGUUGUUGGUCUGGAAUUUCUUCAAAGUAGUUUUCCGUCCAUACCUGAGAAAGAAUUAAAGGACAUAUUAGAAAAGUGUGAUGGUGAUGUGGAAUGGGCCAUGAAUCUAUUACUGGACUGGAAAUACAACCUCAAUCUCUCUGAGGAAGACAGUGAUAAGUUUGUUGAUUGUAUGUUUAAAGCUCAACACAUUCCUAAAUCACCCAUCCUUCAUUCAUCACUCAGACAGAAAUCCAUGAAAAGUGUUGUCUCCCCUAAAACAUUGAUGGAUAUGUGUAACGAUAUCAUCGUGAAGGAACAUAACAUAGACAGAUUAGAGAUUGAGCAACAGCUGAUAAUGAGUAGUGAAAAGAGACUGACAUCUCUGGAGAAACAGCUGUCCAUUCAAGCUAAACAGUACAGUUUUAGUUCAUUUGGUGAUGAAGUUAUCGAGGAAGAUUCUGAAUUUACAGAUGCUCUGUUAAAGGAAUUGAUAAAUUCUGCUGAUAAUAAAAGUUUGAGUAGUGACAGUCGCGAGAGCAGUCAUGUUAGUCUGUCAGAUGAACCAGUCCAAGUCUACAGUGGAGGUCUUGAUACAAAUGAUGCUAAUGAAUUCUGGAAUGUUGACUUCGACCCUGAUGCUAAGAAAAAAGGUCAAAACAAAGAAUCGGAAAAUGUUAAUUUUGAUUUGGAUGUUGGAGGGAUUGAUAUAGAGGAUGAGGAGGGUGUGACAGAGUCGCCAGUGAUGAUAACCAGACCUGAUUAUAGUCGGAUAGACAGAGAUAGAACAGAUUCAUUUGGGGAACCAACUGUUUUACUGCCGCUGAAGAAAGAAUUUACCAAAGCAUUAUUUAGUCUUUUUGGACCAGUUGAUGGUCUUGAUACAGAUAAAGAUGAUGACCUGACUAUCCCAGUAACACUUGAUGUGGCUAAGUUAAUGUAUACAUGUAUAAAGACAGCAUCACGUAAAGGACAGGUCAGAGUUCAUUCAGAUCAACAGUUAAUGGAAGAUGAAGCUUAUGCCAGACAGUUACAGGCAGAGGAGGAUAGUGAAAUAAAUCACCAUGACAACAGACUGACUGGUCCAGUCAACUCAACACCACAAAGCUUCAGUAAACCACCUCCACCAGUGAUAGGAUUCAGUAUAGACAGGGGACUUAACUUGUCAUCACCAAGACCCAAAGUUGUCUCCCUUGUAGAAAUAAUGGAUGAAGAACAAGCUAAAGAAAUAGAAAAGAGAGAACUUGACAGUGAUUCAGAACAGGUAGAAACUCUACAACAGUCAGGAUCAUAUUCUGCCUUGUCGACACGGAUAAAACAACAGAAGCUGUAUGAUGUGUUCCCAGGGAUAGAUACCACUGUGUUAGAUGAUAUAUUUCAGGCUAACUGCUAUAUUUUAGAAGAUACCAUUAAGGCUGUACAGGGCUCCCUGGCGUGCAAUGCUGGAACCCCAAAGACUGUAAUGUCAAAGGAAGCAGAGGAGAACUAUGAGAAACAUUUAAUAGAGGCAGCUAAACAACAAAGUUUGCAAGAGAUGCUUGAUUCUUGCUUGCAUGUGGUACAUGUACCAAAGGUCAUCAAGGAUGCACAAAUUGUCAGACCUUCAGUGGAUUACGAAGAGUUCCGAGGGGAGGCUAACCUUCAUUACAGACUCAGACAUGAAUGUUUCCAGAAAGCACAAGAGGCCCACAGGAGGGGAAUGAGACAAGUUGCUUCAUUUUAUUCAAAUCAGGGACAUCUCCAUACACAGAAGAUAAAAGAUGCUAAUAUGAGAGCAUCAGAACAGAUCUUAUCUACUAGAAUUGAUUUGUUAGAGAAGAAUUCCACCCUUGACUUACAUGGUUUACAUGUAGAUGAAGCUGUGGCAGCUAUGGAAAGAAUACUACCAAAUAAACAGUUUGAAUUACAGAGUAAUCCAUUGAGACAGAAACAGUAUCUAAUAAUAGUAACAGGAAAAGGAAUGCACAGUAGAGGGGGCGUCUCAAAACUCAAACCUGCUGUGAUGAAUUAUCUAAGACGUAAUGAGUACAGAUUUUCUGAAAUCCAUGAAGGUGCCUUACGAGUUAGCUUAAAGCAUAGAAAUAAUACAUAGUUGUGAAUUUUUGUAUGUAAUUUCAAAUUUUUUUUGCGUUGAUUGUUGUAGCUUCUGGAUAACUAUGUAUUGUGAAGUUAUAUUGUUUAUAGUAAAGUGCUGUCUAUGUUAUAAAUAUUGACCAUUGUUAAGUUUUAUAUUACUCAAAAUAUUGGUAGCUGAAUCAUUGUACGAUAAUUGUUUCCUUUUGUGAUUAAAAGCAAUAUCUAACAUGCGGAAGGCAAUAGAAAUGUUGCAGUAUUACUAGGA